AUGGCCGCCCCUGCCGCCCCCUUCCCCCUCGUCAUCUCCAGCGACUUCCCGUGGGCGGAGCCCUUCAACGCGCUCUCCACCCAGCUCGCCCUCCUCGCCGCCGCCAUGACCAGCGAGGUGGACGCCGUGGACGAGGCUGUCCGCAAGCUCACAUCGGCUCUCGACCACACCGAAACCGAAGGCACCGGGAACGACGACGCGGCGGUGCUCGCCGCGGCGCAGGAGGUGGAGAAGCGGACGGAGGAGCUGGCGGCGCUGCUGGACCGUCUGUCCGACGCCGUCAACGGCGUGUUCCGCGCCGCGCUGCGCCUCCGUGCCGCCGAGCUGGGCAGCUUCGCCGUGGGGUCCGCCGACAAGACGCGUAAGAAAUAGUAGCCGUUCACCGCCCGCCGCGUGUGUAUUACAGUUGUACUCCUA